GAACUAUGGCUUGGACCCUGGCUUCAAAGCCGUAGAACUACAGGACGGAUCCUCAAAGGGUUAAGACAAAUAUUUAAAGAAAUACAAGAGAAAGUGCAGCAGCUAACAAAUGAAAUUACACACUUGAUAGAACAGAAAGAUGCUUUUGAAAGAGAGAAAGGAGAGCUUCAACAAGAAGUUGCUGAGCUUACCAUUAAAUUAGAUUCACUACAAAUACAACUUGGAGACCAAACAAAGUUGGCUGAGAGUCGGCGGAAUCUCAUUGAGGAGAUGAAGGUUCACAUGGAGGAGGAGGUGCAGCGACAUAAGCAAGAGGUGGAAAGCAUCUCUGUCUGCCAUGGAGAAGAGAUUGCAGCUCUUUCUACAGAGAACCAACAACUGAAGAAUCAACUUCAUGAUGUCAACAAAAAAGUAGAUGAAGUGAUGGACCUGAAGCAAAAAAUGAAGACUUUGGAACAAGAAAGAUGUAAGAUGGAGGAAGAAAAUCACCAGCUCUUAGGAGAUCUAGAUGCAGCUCAUAAAUUGACUCGAGAGGAAAUAAAUAGGGUCACAGCAGAAAAAAUUCAGGAAAUGGAGGACCUACAAUGGAAAUGGGAAGAAGAGAAGAAAGACUUCCAGACACAACUUGAAAUCAGCACCAUACAGUGUCAGGAGGCAGAAGAAGCUGUAGAGGCACUGAAACGAAAGGUUGCAGAUGGUGAAGAAGAGCAGCGAAUUCAUGAACGAAAAGGAAUGACACUGCUCAAAGACAUGAAGAAGCAGCUGGCAGUGGAGCGAAAGCGAGCUGAUCGCCUUCAGGAGAAACUUAGCCAACUGUUGACUGAUCCUGCUCAGUUAACAGCAAUUACAACCAUGUCAGAAGCAGGUGACGAUGUAAGCAGUGUGUCAUCUUGGUCUAUGGUGUCUGGUGAACCUCGAGACUCCUCUACACGAGAAAAUAGCAUCAUUGUUUCUCCACAAGGAUCACCUCCACCAGGAGUAGUUACUGAGGAAACUGCUUCCUUGGUAAACCGUGUGACAGAAUUACAGCAGCAGAAAUGGCAGCUUGAGGAGCAAAUUACCCAUCUCGAAUCUUCUUCUGCUGCAAUGGCUGAUGAUCUUCUGAAAAAGUCAGCCAUCAUUCAACACUACUGCAUGGAACAGAAGAAUCAUGAAAGUACACCGUCAACGCCUACUUCUCCCAUACACCCUGGGUUAGGGGACAAGCUGAAUGUUCGUCGUGUAUUGGAGAUGAUGCGAGGUGGUGGUGGUGAAGAAUCCUUGAGAGAGAUUAAUCGCCGUUUGCAAAGUCUUCUAGAGGAAACCCUCAUAAAGAACAUGCAGCUUCAUGAGGAUGUUGAAAAUUUUUCUCAGCAGGUGCACCAACUAACCAAACUGGCUGCAGAGAAUACAGAAACGGACAGUUCUUCUUCAUUUGAUACUCCUAAGUAAAUGAUAUUUUUGGGAGAUGACAGGUAAAGCAGAAUUAUAUCAUUAUAUCAAAUUUCAUUAGGUCUCAUGCAUAGUUUAAUCAUUUUUAGCACUUUUAACAAUUUUUAACAGGGUUAUUUUGAUGUUUGUGAUGGAUUUUCUUAAGAGUAGUGCAGUAGUUUUAAAUUUAAGUUAAUGCAACAUUUAUAUCUCAUUUUACCCAAUAAGAUUUGGGGAGAGUGCUCAUCAAAUUAGGUAAAUUAAGCUUACAGAUAUUGAGACAUUUUAUAUUUCCUGUAUCAUAUCAAACUAGGCUUCAUUUGAUAUAUAGAGUUAAAAGAGGUAUUCAUUUCUAGCAGUGCAGGAAUGCCUGUCUCCACUGUAGUGAAUGUGCAGUGCAAAGAGGAUACCAAUCUUGUUAUAUUUAGAUUGCAUUAUAUGAGUGUUAAAGUAAUUAGGGCUGAUGUGUGUUGAGGUGUUCCCAGAAUUUUGCAUUCUUAAGCUAAAUACAUCAGCACCAGUUUCUUUUCCUUAUGUAUAGUGUAGUAAUGUUUUUAUAAAAUAGACAGAGAUUUUAAGUUGUAAAUCAUCUCCAUUCUCUAAAAUGUUGUAAGCCACAGGAACUUUUGAAAUAUUUACUAAGAAUGGUGUUCUAUAUACUGGCUUGGUGGCUAUGGUGAUAAUGCAGUUGUUACCUGCUGUUCAGUACUGUAAGUAAACAUUCACACUUAUAUUAAAUGAAAGAAAUUGUAAGAUGUAAAAUACAAACAAGAGAAAACAAUGAGAUAGAUAAUGAAAAAAUUGUAGUGAAUGAAAAAAUAUAUGGAGUGUGAACACAGUAUGAGGAACCACCAUGAUCUUGUUGCACAAUUGAAUGUAACCAUGGACAAAAAUGAUGGGAAACAGUAUAGUGCAUUCUUGGGCCACCAAGUUAUGUUAAUCCUCCACACAAGACAUUUUACGAGUAUUCGGCUUUUAUAAAUGCAAAAAUGAACUUUUUUGGCAUAAUUUAGCCAUGAAUGAAGUAUGAUUGAUAUAGUAAGAGAUAGAAGAUUAAAAAUUAUUGGCAGAGAAAAAUCAGAAGUGUCCAUGGUGGAUAUUAUGCAAUACUCAACAUAUUGUUAACUAGUUUUAUCAUUAAGAUGCUCCUGAUUAAUUUUGUUUAGUUUAUGCUAUGUAUUAGAUUUGACAUACUAUAGACAAAAUGUUUUAUAGUGAAUUUUGGUAGAAGAUGUUGUAAUGGCUCAUAAAAUCAAUGAUUUAAAGGAGUUGAUAACAUAAAUGAGAUAUAAAUUAAGAAGUGGGCUUAAGAAACAUAAGUAAAUAAAAUAGGCAAGACUUAUCUGGUGGUGCAUGGGGAGAGAAUCUGCUGUCAGUGAGAGGUUAUAUCUCUCCAAGGUUCCAGGGCUCAUCAUCCCCAUGACCUGGUCUUGGACCAAGCCUCCUAAAUUGGAAAGUAAAUUUUACUGGCAUAAGACCCAUUAAGAAGCACACAAGAAAAUAAUGAUGAGCUUAUACCGAAUGUAAGUAGUAUUUAUAAGACUGUCAUAGAAGCAAGUUGUAGUAAACGGGGAUAUCAUAAGUGCAAUACUGUGUGAUGGUAAUACAAUAUUUUAGGGUGUAUAGACAUUGGAAGACUGUUCUUUCAUAAUUGGUUUUCCAAAAUCCUUCGUUAAGAUGGUGCAUUAAUAAUAUAAGAAAUGAGAGAAGGCAGGGUUGAUGCAUUCAUUUGUAUGCUCUAAGUUAACUUCCAUACCAAUAAAUAUGUUUAAUUCUGAGUGAAAUCUGGAACUAAACAUAUGUAAUAUUUUCAUAUCCUUCCUCUCUUCCUUGUAUAGUAUAUGAUAAAAAUCCUCUUAUUAUUUUUAACUAUUUCAUAGCUCAAUAAAUGUACUAUUUUUUUUAUCGUCAUAGUAUUGUGUAAAUACAUAUGUAUAUUAAUUGUGAGAGUAAUGGAUCCUUAUCCAUUUUUUAAUUAAGGCUUUACUUUUUACCUGAGGCAAUAACCCUGUCAUGGUAGGGAGGCUUGUAUUGGUUUCUGUAACCACCAGGCAUUAUCAGGUUUGCCUGCUGGCAAGAGGCCAAUCAGUUUGCUGCCACCAACAUAAGAUUUCCAUACAUGUUAUCAGCUCCACCAGAAGGAUUGCUGAGAAACCCUCCUAAUAUUAGAUGAGUGAGUGUCCAGUGUAAGAUAAUUUGGGGAAGCAGGGCCUUUAUACUGGCAUGGGCAAACAUUGUCUUUGCUGGGGGUUGCCUCAUUCCAGAAGGUUUUUGACUGCUGUACUUUAUUUUCCUGUUGUUCAUUGAGAUUUUGCCACCACCAGUCAGGAAUGUCUACUGCUUCAUAAUUUGCCUGCAGCCCUUCUUACAUUCAUCUGAAAGAGUCCUCUCACUAGGCUAUUCUAUUCUUAGAAUCUGUCUUCAUCUGUGUGACAAGGAAAUAUUUUUGUACUCCAGGCAAAUACAGCUGAAGUGUUUAUAGGUGAUAAUCUUGUUUUAACACUCCUGUUAUCAUUUGGCCACAAAAUGACUAAGUAAAUUGUGUGACUAAGGUUGCAUGGGCAGGAUACCUCUCAAGCUGAUGCUUUUUUCAAAUAACCGGCAAUGGAUGAUGCUUCCAUUACUGUCAGUCACCCAAUUAAAUUCAUAUUAGGAAAUGGUUGUUAUUCCUUGGAUGGUCUUCUUCACACAAUCUUUUGAGGAGUGUGUGAGAGAUAUCCAUAGUCAACUAAUCUCCAAGGUCUGCCUAACUCCAAAAUGGAGAUGUUGGUCUUACCCCUCGUAGUAAGUGUCGCUAACUGAGGAAGGUGGCCAGAAUUAAUUCAACUGCCACUCCAUUCGUAUCAAUUUAUCUGACAGAGUAGUGAUUACAGAGCUGAACCUAUGUGCAACAAUGGACUCUCACUAGUUUGUUCAUUUGCCUGCCCUAUCUGCAGCUUUAUAGCCAGAAUUACUGUACUUCUAUCAUUUCUUUUCACCUUUCUGUCUCAAUUAUGCAAGGUAUUCUCACGAAUGCUGUCUUGAACUUGGAAUGCGAGGUUCACUAUCUGCGAGGGAAGGGAUUGUAUGAUCAAACACUGUAUCCUAAUGUCUAGCGUAACCCAUUGUCCUGACAAUCCCUCAGUGCCCUCUUGUUUUUUUACUCCACUGCACAACGGUUUCCAGGUACAUUAUUUUUUUUAGGCCAUGCCUACUUUGUUACCUUUCCUUUCUUAUGCUCAUCUGCCCCAGAGUUCUUGUUUUAUUUCUGCUGGAUGCUUAGGUGUGUUUGUGAUUAGGACAAUGAAGUUGCAAACUAUUUGCAUUCUCUGCAAUUCAGAGACUUCAAAUCCUGAAGGCAGUUGCCAUUUUGCAAUUAUUUUCCAAUACUAACUUGAUAUCUGUGCAAUCACUGGCAUUGCUUUUGGUUUACUUUAGUGAUCAUGCUGCUUUGAAUUAAAUCACAAUUUGGCUUCUGCCUGUCUUUCAUUGUUGUUAGUUGUGGAAAAACAGUAUUCAAAUACCUAUAUACAUGUGACACCAGACUCUUGCACUGUAAUCACUUGGAGGGCACUGAGCACCACUCUGAGAAUUAUCAGAUUGUGUUGAUAAUUCAACAUCGUCUGAGUGUCCCAUUCAUCAGAGAGUAUGCUAACUUUAUUUGACUUCGUCUUUAAUGUCCUGACAUUUUUACACUGAAUGCUGAUUCUCAAUAUGACCUUGUAGAUGAAAUGGAUUUAUUGCACCAGUUGUUACUAUCAUUUUACCCAUAUGCUUGCCUUUAACAGUUUACUUCGGUUGAUUUGUAAUCAGCGUUUUCCUUGCCAAGCAGAGUUUAAUGAUCCACACAGCUUUGGCACUUUUCUUGAAUAUAAUAAUGUAGUACUCUAAUAAGGCUGCAUUAUAUGUAAUAUAAUGCAGUUGCAUGAUAAAAAAAAUCUUUAACUUGUAAAGUUUGGCAUACUCUUUUUAUAAAGACAUUAUAGUUUUUUGAAUGUUUAAAUUUAUUGCAAUUUUUUUUUCAUUUUUUGUAGGCAUAGGAUGAUACCAAAUUUUAGCAGAUACUGUACCAGUACCAACAUCAAUACAUGUGCACAAUUUUAGGACAGUGCUAGUACCGACACCGAUGCCAUCAAAAUUAGCCAUUGCCCACUGAUACCAAUACCAUCAAAAUUAGCUGAUAUCUAUUACUAACACUUUAGUACACCCCUAAUUUUCUGUUUAUCUGGUUGUAUAAAGUUAGCCGAACUUGAGUUCUAGAAGCGGGGAAAUACAGUGCCUACACUCUGAAGGGAGGGUGAAGAUAUGUUGCAGUUUUUGAACUGUAGUAUUGACACGCCUCUGACUAGACAGUGAUGGAGUGAGCGAUAACGAAAGUGUUUCUUCUUUUUUGGGUCAUCUUGCCUUGGUGGGAAAUGGCCAAUGUAGCAAUAUAGCAUGUCUUCAUAUUUGAGUGCACUCUUUGUUUUGCAGGACCAGAGCCUUUAUGGGAAGAGUACAUUAUAAUUUUACAAAUCAUCAUCUUUCAAAGAACCAGAAGUAAUAUAUACAGGAGAAGGGGUUAUUAGCUUCUUGCUCCCAGCAUUUUAAUUGCCUCUUAUGAUACACAUGGCUCAUGGAGGAAGAAUUCUGUUCCACUAUCCCAUGGAGAUGAGGAAAUAAACAUGGACAAGAACUAGUAAGGAAAUAGAAGAAAACCCAAAGGGGCAUGUGUAUAUACAUGCUUGUCUAUGCAUGUGUAGUGUGACCUAAGUGUAAGUAGAAGUAGCAAGACGUACCUGAAAUCUUGCAUGUUUAUGAAACGGAAAAAAGAUACCAGCAGUCCUACCAUCAUGUAAAACAAUUACAGGCUUCUGUUUCACCCUCACUUGGUAGGACGGUAGUACCACCCUGGUCGGUUGGUGUCUUCCAACCUACUACCUAGGAAUUUGAUAAAUCUAAACUAAAAAUAGGUAUGGUGCUCUAAUUUUUUUCUUAUGAAGUGAUAGUCAUGAAGAUAAAUCAUGAGGAUGGUGCCAGCAAAGCUACAGGGCUUAUUAAGUAAAGAAAUAGCAUGUGUUUGUCUUAUUACUAAACAAUGAGUUUUUCUUUGCUGUUUGGUAGGUUAUACUUCCAUGUAUAACUAUUUUUAUCAUUAUUUAAACUGUACAGGUACUAGUACAGGCUAAUUGGUAAUUGCUAACAUUAAUCAUAGACAUUAACACAAUGAUUACCUUCAUGGGAACUUUUAGUUAUAAUGAGAGCACUUAGCAUGUAAAAAGAAAGAUUGUGAUCGUAAGUUUAGUUGUAGAAGAUACAUGGCUCUGAGUAGCAAGGGUUUGAGGUAUUUGCAUAUGUUAAUGAUAAUUUAGUCUCAGGGUUUAAAAAUAAGGAUCACUCACACCUCUAGAGACUGAAUUCCACAUGACCAGUCAUUGCUCCAGAAAGAUACUUCAGGUUCAACGAGAUUAUGAUAGGCUCUAAUUGAUUAUUGGGUACCAUUAUGUGGUCCAUAAUCUUUAUUCUUCCCAUGCAAAUUGAAAUUCCAAGUGAUGUAAAUAUCAAGAAUAUCAAGUGUUACUGAUGUAACUAAACUCAGGACCUGAGAAUCUGAAUUCCAAACUCUUAACACAGCAAUGUAUAGUGUACUCGUUAUUUUCAAAAUGUUGCUUUUGGUAUACAGUAAAACUUAACAGAUUUGGCUCAUGAAAUGAUAACACAAUUGCAGACAAAUCACAGAAUGAGUGAAGUUCAAACCCAUGGCAAGCAAGUCCUAAAAUUCGUAGGCCAGUGGUUAGCACACUGGCCUUCAAUUUUAGGGCUCAUUUGCCAUGGGUUCAAGCCCCAAGCAUUCUUUGAUUUAACAAAUCUACCCUUCAUUUAAGUGAUCACAUCAAAUAUAUACUGUAAGGCCAUCUCUAGUUUGGCACAUAACAGUUAAAAACUAAAUAACCCACUGCCAGGUAAGUUAUAAGAAUAGAGCAGGUUACAAAGUCGACUAGUUUUCAUGGGGGAAAAUUGGAAUAUGUCAAAAUGUAAUGCAUAUACUGUAGAACCAAGUUAUUUUAGGAUCAUUACUUUUUUUUUUUUUUUUUUUUUUCCAACAAGUUGGUCGUCUCCCACCGUCGUCGCCCACACUCCAACAUGAAUGCACAGCAUGUUAAUGAUCAGACACAGCAGAACACUGGUUAUAAGCAUUACAAAUGUGUAAAACUGUUGAAAACCUUUAAAUAGCAAAAUGAUGCUUCAUUGAUAUGGCACAAUAGAACCACUGUAUUUCCUGUAGAGUUUAGCACUUUGAGUAUAAUGAUGAUAAUGUAUUUCCUGUAUAAUACAUGAUGUACAGUAAUUCUUAGGUGUAAUAGAAGGUGUAUACCCAAGAGGUAUGUAUUACCUGUGUGUACAUACUUGUGUGCAGUAUACAGGUACACUACUGGUAAAAGGUUUCUCUUAAUCCUCUUUUCAGGGAUUAAAGUAUCCUUUGUGUUAAUGUCUGUGUGGCCUUAAUGACCCUUGUGUAGUUGAUAGGCUUUAAACAAACAAAUUUAAUAAAUUAGGUUAAAUAUU